AUGCAAUUCUUCACUCUCACCCUCGCUCUCUUUACUUUGCGAUUCACUACGGCUGAGCCCAUUCCGGCCAAUGUGGGCUUGCUCAGCGAGGCAGUAGCCGAUGGACCAAUGGUCGCUCGGGUCAUCCUUAUGAGCGCAAGCGAGGCACUGACGCCAUGCUGCCAAGUUCACUUCAGAGGCAAUUGCGAUUGCGGCAGUUGCCCCAUCGCUUCAUGCAGUUCAUUUGACAGACGAUACUGGGGACGAUUAGCGUCUACUCUCAAGGAGUUCGAUCCAUGUCUUGCCCUUCUACCGACGUACAAAGCUAAAUCGAGUCAAGUCCCAGGGGGGCGCGAUCCCACAUUUGGCCCUUUUGCGGCGGUAGAUUGA